AUGUAUCCCGCAAAAGAACACGCAAUCAAAACUUUCACUAAGCUCGUCGAGCUCCUGCCUCCAAGGGAGCAAAGCAAGCCUCAGAUAUUUCUCCUUGCAGGAGCCGUGACUCCUUUCAGGAACGACACGGACCGCGAGAUGAUCUUUCGGCAGGAGUCGAACUUCUAUUAUCUAUCAGGAUGCGCGGUGCCUGGAGCGUACCUUCUUUUGACAUUCCAGAAUGGCACCUCACUGGAUAGCAAUCCUUCUUCUCAUCUCUUCAUUCCUAAGAUUGGACUCGCUGACCUCAUGUGGUCUGUUCCUCCGCCCACGAUCAACGAAGCUGUUGAAAUGCACGACGUCACCCGCAUAGAUCAUCUUGAUGCACUCCCGGACGCCGUUCGAGAGCUGCUGAUAGCCUUUCCCGAUGCGAUCAUCCACACUCUACCUACCGGCUCACCACUAUUCCCCGCCAUCCCUUCGCAAUAUACAGCGCUCGCUCUCUCCCGUAAUGCACGCUUCAGUGAUGAAUAUCUCCUCACUGCUCUCCACUGCGCUCGACUGACAAAGGACGCCGCGGAGAUCGCGGAGAUCAGCAAGGCCAACUCGAUCAGCUCGCGCGCACAUGAGGUCGUCAUGCGUGUCCUCGGCCAAGGAGUGCGCAGUGCGAUAAAGCCAGGCAAGUGUGCGGGUGUAGACAGGCCUCUUCUGCCCGGAGAAUGGUUAAUCGAGAAGGAAGCGGAAGCGGAAGCUCUGUUUGUGGCUUCGUGCAGGAGAGAGGGAUCGGUCCAUCAAGCAUACCUUCCCAUUGUUGCUGCCUCGACACGCGCGUCGACCCUUCACUAUUGUUGCAAUGAUCGCGAAUUUUCUUGGGGCCCAGUGAACGCACAGGAUCACAAGAAUCAUGACCACCUCGCACACGAUGAUUCUAGGCAACUGAAUCCGCAGGUUCUUCUCAUUGACGCCGGCUGCGAAUGGAAUUGCUAUGCCUCAGACAUUACUCGCACCAUGCCUGUGGGAAACGGAGGCAAAUUUACACCGGAAGCGCGUGCCAUCUAUGCGCUCGUAUUGGAGAUGCAGAGACUCUCCAUGGAAGCUCUCAAGCCCGGCCUUCACUGGGACGCCAUUCAGCUGCUCUGCCAUCGCACACUUGUCCGCGGAUUCCAACGGCUACGUAUAUUCAAGUCGCCUCAGUCGACACAUUCUGGCUCUUGGAAUGCCGAAGAGGCGAUUCUUGCCAGCGGCGUAAGCAGCGCCUUCUUCCCGCACGGCGUCGGGCACUCUCUUGGGCUCGAUGUGCAUGACGUUCCCAGCGCAAGCAAACCGGAGAAGAAUGAUACUUUGGGAGGGAUUGAGCUCGGCCAUGAGUCCUUCUACACAUAUCUCAGGUUGAGGCUACCCCUGCAGGAGGGUAUGGUUGUCACCGUCGAGCCAGGUAUCUACUUCUCGCCGCACCUGCUCGCUCCAGUCCGCGACUCGCGACACAUCGAUCACAAGGUGCUCAAGCGGUACGAGAGUGUGGGCGGAGUAAGAAUUGAGGACGUAGUCGUUAUCACCAAGGACGGAUACAAGAACCUCACAACCGUCAGGAGCGACACCGACUGGAUAGAGGCGGUGUGCUCGGGCACCAUCUGA